CGCUGAGCGACGGGAGAGGAGCGGAGCGCAGCUUUGAGGCAAGCCGCCGAUCUGCGCUGGGGAGAGGAGGGCAGUGCACGGGCCCAUCCGGAGCCAUACCGCCGCUACCCUGCCAGCGGCUCGCCGAACCGGAGCAGCGUAUUAACGGAGCACAAACGAGAGUGCCGAGGCCAUGUACGAUGGGGCGAGGGUGCCGUCCCCCCAGGACAGCGCCAACGGCUUCUCCCAACCGGGGGGAUCCACAGGCCGGCCUAAGUCAGACGAGGAGUCGGAGAAGCCAGAGCCGGUACUGGUGAAGAGAGCCCACAGGGAAAUCCUGGACCAUGAGCGGAAGAGGAGAGUGGAGCUAAAAUGCAUGGAGCUGCAGGAGAUGAUGGAAGAACAAGGGUAUCCUGAGGACGAGAUCCGUCAGAAGGUGGGCACGUUCAGGCAGAUGCUGAUGGAGAAAGAAGGGGUCCUCACCAGGGAGGGCUCUCACAGCCGUCAAAUUGUGAACCACACACCACACAGCUGCGAGGAAGAGCGCGACGACAACGACGAAGACUCGCUGGCCGAGGGUUACGCGCCGGAGUGCGAUUGCCAUGGCGACUACUACGGUGACGGGGAUUCCGUCGGCCACGGCAACUACAGGAUGAAGAGGAAAUUGAGCAGCUCUCCAUCCCCACCCCCUAAGAAGAGGAAGAAGAAGAAAUCUGGCCACCGUCGCAGUCGGUUUGACAGCUCAUCCCCCCCUCGCAAGGAGAAGAAGAAGAAGAGCAGGAAGAAGCACAAGCGAGACAGAUCUGCGUCUGGGUCCAGGAAGAAGAGAAGGUACAGAUCUGGAAGCCCAAAGAGCAAACACAAAGACAAGAACAAACAACGGAGGAGGUCCCCGGUGGACUCGCCUGGCAGGAGGUCACAUCGACGGGGAAGCUGCAGCUCCCGCAGUGCCUCCAUCUCCUCCACCGGGAGCCUCUCCAGAUCCCCCGGGAGGACGAAUUCGAAGCAUGGAGCUGACUCACACAAGCCCCGCCCCAGCCAGUCCAGCCGCAGCGUGUCUCUGUCACCAUCAUGCGGCACCAACUCCUCUGUCCGGCAGAAUGGACACCGCAACGGCAAGGGCAGCGGGCCUGACCACACGGCUGGAGACCCUCUGCAGGAUAAGAUAAGUGUGAUUCCCACUUCGCCAAGCGGACGGAGGCCGCAGUCGCCACAGCCGGAGCAGCGCAAAGUCCGCAAUGAAGGCGGCGGGAGCCCUGGGCGGCUGACAGAUGCCACGUCAGGGGAUGAGGCACGUCGGGCCGUGCGGAGGUCCACCUCAGUGUCCUCUGGAAAACGUGGGCGUCGGCAGAAGGCCCUGGGGAAGAGCUCCCACUCGCCCACCCACAGCAGUGACUCUGCCCACUCACAGCGCAGCCAGGUCCAGAACAGCCGGAGCAGCCAAUCAAAAAAGGCACGAGGCGUGCAUUUGUCCCGGAGACGCCGGCGGAGCCGACCCCGCGCCCGCCACAGGAGCUCCUCGGCGUCGCCUGGGCGACACCGGCGGCACGGCGCCGCCCGGAAGAAAAGCUCUUCGCGCAUCUUCCGGCAGCGCAGCAGCUCCUGGAGCAGUGCCCGCUCCGCCUCAUGCUCGCGCUCCGCCUCGCGUUCCCGCUCCCCGGAGCACGGCAGCAAGGCCAAAUCUCCCUACUCCCGGCAGAACAACUCCCGGGAUAAAGACAGCGCCCCACCCACGGACACGGAGGGCAGGGCCCGGCGCCGCUCGCGCACCUACUCACCCAUCCGCAAGCGGAGGCGUGACUCCCCCAGCUUCAUGGAGGCCAGGAGGAUCACCAGGUUCCCUGAGGACCACAGACAGAGGAGUGCUGCCGGGCUGCCAGGCAAGGUUACCGUGGUAACAGUUGUCGUGCAGCAGUUCUCUCCUCCUGAUGCUGCAAUGCCGGACGGCUAUUUGCAGACUGCAUCUCCUGACGCCCGGAAGCGUCCGAUCCCAUACUACAGGCCCAGCCCGUCGUCCUCCAGCUACCCGAGCAGCGCAUCCGCCUCCAGUCGCAGCUACAGGGUCUACAGCAGCUACAGCCGGAGCAGGAGUCGCAGCCACAGCUACUACAGCAGGAGCAGCUCGGAGAGUGCCGGGUUCUGAUUGGGCCGUGACACUCUAGCCACCCUCUGGGCCGGUCCAGCUGCAGCGUCUCGGGGCUCGGCCACACGUGCUCCCCACUCCCGCCUUACAAUGCGCAACCCCCUCGUCCCAAAAUCCACAUCCUUGGAGCAUAGUCCAGCUUUGUAGUUCACCACCAAUAUUUUUAGAGACCGUAUGAGUGAUCGGAUUAACAUAUGGGGAGAAAAUGCAUCUAGACAUUAAUACUGAAUCACCCGGAGUCAGUGUGCUGAUUUCAGCACUUGAUCAUAUAUUUUUUGCGAUCUGCUGUCUGCGGUUCAGCAGGUCACUGAGAUAGUCAGCGAGAUCCAUGGCUUAAUCUUUGUGCUUUUAUGUAUUUCCUUUUUCAAAAGGCCCUGUAAUCUGGUUGGGACAGUUCAAGAAACAGAUGAAACUCAAGGCUCACAGUGGGAAUCGUAGCUCCCCCGUUCGGUGGCGCCUGAAGCUGUUACACAGCGCUGCCAGUGACCGGCCCCCUCAGUGAGCGCAGACGUCGCACGAUGCGUCGGGGCCUUUCGCCGCAGGUCCUUUUUGGUGGUAAAGCCGUGAUCAAAAGCUAGAGGUUCUAGGGAAAACAACAACAAAUACGCAAGCAGUAUGAACAAGUCAUGCAACAGACCAGACUUGGAGAUGAAGUUCAAAAAGUGCAGCACUUUCACCCAGAAUGCUUCCAAAAUUGCAAAAAUUACCAAAAAAAAAUAAAAAAAAGGAUUACAACAUGAUUAUGGAAACUUCCAUGUCGCAUCACUGAAAAGGAUGAAAAAGCUGCAAACAAAAACGCUGACCAUUCCACCAUCUUUGUUUUUUAUUGUUUGUUUCUUUUUGAUGAUUCAGAAACAAGAACAUGAACGAGAUGGAGGCAUUUGCCGCAUCGGCCGAUUGCAUUUUAUACAAUAUGCCAUGUAGAGCAAGGCGCGGCACCUCCUGGCAUCUGAACGCUUUGCGCUGGCUGUAAACUAUGCACUGUACAUACCAUGUUAUUUACCAUGUUAUUUACUGUGUUAUUUCGGGUUUUCCUUUGAGUCUGUGGAUCUCGAGCAUGCAGCAGAACUCUCCCCAACCUGUUCCAGAGGGAUGCCCUCUCUCAGCUCUCUAACAGAUUUUUUUUUCUUUUUUGAGGUCAUGUGUAAAACCACUUUCAUCCUGAAAUCCAGUGUUGUUCUGUCCAGAUCAUCAUCUGUCAAAGUGUCUGCGACCAGAGCGGCCCAAAGACACCAAAGCAGGAUGAAGUAUGUUUUGUAUCCGCGUCGACAUGGAUUGUAAUCAUGUGUUUAUUUGUUAAUUUAUUUAUUUAUAUUUAUUAAGGUAUUUAUUAAUUUAUUCAAUAAUUAAAUUAAAUGUUUGUCUGUCAGAUAAUCAGUCUUUAUCCAUUCACCUGGAGGGUUUGUAAAAGAACUUUAAAUGUUUUUAAAUGUUUUCUGCCGCAAACUACAGUUUUGUAAUGAUGAGGAAGAGAGAUUAAGGAAGAAAAGAAAAACGGAUUUUAAUAGGUUGACAGUUUACUUGAAACGUUUCCGGUCGUUUUCCAGCUUUGGCAGCAUAACAAAGGCGGCCGGAUUCAUACCCGCGCUUCGCCGUCUGUCCGCGCGCGCCCGCGGUUCUUAGGUGUCCCUUUUUUGUACAGAAACCAAACGCGCUUGUACAGGCGAAACCUUUUUGUUUUAUUUCUGGGAACUGUUGCUUUUCUAAUUUAUUUUAACGCUGGUGGUGCAAUCAGGGAACCUGCAGUCUUCCUAAUUAUUUAUCGGUCUCCUUCGCCCCGUGAGUGUUACAUUUGAAACGUAACUCGAGUUCUACGAAUAACAGAUGUUGAGUAAUAUAUUAUAACAGCUUUCACCUUUGGAUUGUAUAAAGUCGGUAGUUGUUGUGCGCUAGUUAUCAUGCAGAACAAUAAAGUAUAUACGCUAA